AUGGCAUAUUGGGGAGCCCUGAUUGUCAGUCCGCCGGUUUGGGGAGCGAUCGCGGACGGCAUCCACAACCAGAAGCUCGCACACACGAUGUGCCUCGUAUCGGCGGCAUUCUUGUUCUUCUCCAUCCAGUACGUUACGUCGUUCCCGCUCAUGUGCGUGAUGGUGUUCAUCGCCAACUUCCAGACGCAACCGUCGUUUUCACUGCUCGAUCACGCGUCCAUGGCGUGGCUGGAGCGUGUGGCUGGAGACUAUGGCAAACAACGCCUGUACGGCGCCGCAGGUUACGGUGCUGGAGGCUACUUUGCAAGUGUCGUGGCUUCCAUUUCGCUUUUCCUGUUGCUGACGUACGUCCCGAAUUUCCAGCACGAGGCGGAAAAACACGAGAAGGGCGAGUUACUCAAGAGUCUAAAGGCCAUUCUUCGCCAGCACGACGUGCUCGCUCUGUUUAUGAUCACCAUCUCGGAGCUGCCAUUUUUCUUCCACGCUAACAAAAUCAUUGAGCGCUUCGGAACGGCCAAGUGCAUUCUCGUGAGCUUGGUCGCCUACGGCAUCCGCAUGAUCACGUAUGCGUUCAUUCAGAACCCGUGGCUGGUUCUCCCGAUCGAGGUCUUGCACGGUUUGACGUAUGGAUUAUUAUUGGCGGCCUUCACAAAUUACAUUUACGAGGCUGCUCCCAAGGGCACGGAAGGUACGAUGAUCGGCGUGCUCUUCGGCGUCCAGCGUGGCAUCGGUGGUGGCCUCAGUACGCUUGGCGGUGGAUGGGUCUACGAAGUGCUGGGCGGCCGCACUAUGUGGGGUAUUGCGGGCUUCAUCGUGUUCCCGCUCUCACUGGUGGCUUCAGCCGGAUUCGCGUACCUGGCGCGUAGCUACACCACACAGAGCCCAGCGGUCAGUAAGGGCAGUGUCACGUCGGACGAGAGUUCAUUGCUUGCCACUUCGGAUGACUACGGCGCCACCGUGGACGUUAGCGCACAGUGUUGA